CAAAAUGUCGGGAGGACCGGCAGAGUUAGACCUGCGGUGAGAGAGUUAUUGGAAGAAAAACCCCAACUGGAAGCAAACCACGACUGAAGAUGAGGGAACAGCAACAAGUGAACCUGCCCGAGGACUGAGAGCAUCAACUGGAGAGAACCCAUCUGACUCGGAGAUUCCAGUGAUUCAGUCAGGAGAAAGUUUGGGACCCUGCAGUAUUGUGUCCAGCUCCUCGUGCUAUAGCCAAAUUGAUUGGUGGAUUCCUGGCUACUCCAUAGGAGAGAAAAGUGAUCAUCCAGAAUCGCUCAGUUGUUCCUCUCCGCUGCCGUGCACCUGUUAAAAAUGACAAGGAAUUUGUCUACGGGAUUCUCAAACAGAUCACGUCAGGUUUGCUGUCUCUAUCCAGAUAUUUAAGACGAGGAGCAAGGGAUUCACUCAACCUUCCUUCCUGCUCAGACUGUGUGGAGGGAUUCAUUUGCUCAUCUGACCGACUGGCUCACCCGUUAUUUUACACAAGAGAGAGUCCGUUCAUAUUCUCAGACUGUGGGAAGGGAUUCACUCGGUCAUCUCAACUGAAGGUACAUCAGCGGGUUCACACUGGGCAAGGCCAUUCACCUGUUCUGUGUGUGAGAAGGGAUUCAGUCACUCUUCCCAGCUGUGGAGACACCAGUCAGUUCACACUGGGCAGAGGCUGGUCAACUGCUGAAUUUGUGGGGAAGGAUUCACUCGGUCAUCUGAUCUAAUGGCUCAUCAGCGAGUUCGCACUGGGGAGAGGCCAUUCACCUGCUCGGACUGUGGGAAGGGAUUCAAAUACUCAUCUAAACUGAAGGAACACCAGCGAGUUCACACUGGAGAGAAGCCGUUCACCUGCUCAGACUGCGGGAAGAGAUUCACUCGUUCAUCCACCCUAAUGGCACACCGGCAAGUUCACACCGGGGAGCGGCCGUUCACCUGCUCAGACUGUGGGAAGGGAUUCACUUGCUCAUCUAAACUGAAGGAACAUCAGCGAGUUCACACUGGGGAGAAGCCGUUCUGCUGCUCAGACUGUGGGAAGGGAUUCACUCGGUCAUCCGACCUACUGACACACAGGUCAGUUCACACUGCGGAGAGGCCGUUCACCUGCUCGGACUGUGGGAAGGGAUUCACUUGGUCAUCGGACCUACUGGUACACUAGCGAGUUCACA